AUGGAUACAAUCAUAUUAAACUGCCUUCUUCAAGGAAAAAAGGCCAAUAAAGCUUUUUCUAUUGAGAUCAACAGAAGUAAGACUGUUGAUCAACUUAAAGAAAUCAUUAAAGAGAAAAGGCUAUCGACUUACGAAUUCAAGGCUCAAAGGCUCAAGUUAUGGAAGGUUCAGGUUCAAAUAGAUAAUGAUAUGGAACUAGAUAACCUUGAACUCCGCGAUGAUAAUCUUAUCACAACCGGGACAAUUAAUUAUUAUUUUACUGACAAACCAUCCUGUGAGCAUAUUCACAUUAUUUUUAGACCACCUGCGCCACCUGUUAGAUUAAAUAGUGUAUGUAAGUCGGGUCAUUUACGUGAGGAAGGAACGGUGGAAUACGUAGGAAAUGCUUUCAAAGCAACAUUACGUGAAGGUCUACUACAUACCGAAGUUGGAAAACACCGUUCGUUUACAGAAUUUAUAAAAGCGGCGAGAAGGUUAAGAUCGAGUGAGAAACCUAAUUCUGAUGAUUUCAAAAGCCUAGUCAUUAAUGGUAAGAGUUACCAGAAAAUUCGCGAUGAAAUGUAUUAUAUGAGGUAUUGCAUUGAAGAAUCUUCUGGAGACGAAGAUGAAGAUGAUAUAACUUCAGAAUCAGUUUCCUGGGAUGAUGAUCUUGAGAAUCGCCUCUGCAAACUUUACAAGAAAGAUGACACUGUGGACAUAUUUUGGGGCCGAGACAUCUACACAAAUGAAACGACAUGGAGUGUUUACGUGGUUACUCGUCAUCUUAGCUUACAUGGACGGACAGAAGAAGUCUCAGGUCAAUUAAUUCGUUUCAUACUAGAAAGUAGAGGGAUUCUCAUUCCCGAAAUUCCAUCACAAAGUGGCUUUGAUCUUUUGCCAACCUAUAAAAAGGUCCCGCAGGAUUUACAGAAAGCUUUCGAUAAGGCCUUAGACAAUGAAUUGGGACCGUCAUUCCGAGAAGCGAACUAUAAUUUGGUUGGUAUGAGCACUGGGUAUAAACAAGUUCAAGAUAAAUACACAGAUAAACCUGCCAUCAUACU